ACAAGAUUGGGACCCACGCGUUCCUGUAGCCAAGCGCAUGCGUUAAUUGAGUUGAAGGGGGUCUGUUGGGCUAGCGCAUAUGCGUAGUGCAGCUGCCAGCGGGUGGCUGACAGUUGGAGGUGCGUGAGCUGUCGCUUUAGUCCGGCUCAGGCAGCGGCCGGAGAUGAAUCAGCCAUGACAUCUGCGCCCGAAAAGAGCGGGACCGUGGCAGCACCGGAGGAGAAAACGGUGCAGCGGGUAUUGGACUCCUUCGUGCAGGAGUUCCCGACUCCUCUAGGCCCCGAGGAUUCGUUGCCCGUGCGCUUGCAGAGCCCGGCGCUGAGCUGGGAGGAGUUGGAGGGGGAGUGCGCCGAAAUGGGGCUGAAGCUACUGCGGGACAGAAAUCUGCCACCUGUCCUUGCUGCCACUUUGAUCCAUGCUGCCGUUGCACAGAUGCUACAAUUGGAUAGCUCUACAUUUAGAAACAAAAAGGAACCUGAUCAGGAUGAGGAAGAGCUUGUCUUACUGGAAGGAGAAUCAGUGGCUCGAUCAUUCUUUAAUAAAUUGCUUGGAGUCUGCUCAGAAUGGAUGAAAGAACUGCAGUUACUACAACUACCAAAGCAGUAUUUAAAAGUUUCCAGUUAUGCUAUCCGUAACACACGCAGAAAGAUGGAGGACAGACAUGUAACAUUGCCCGAGUUUAACACACUCUUUGGCAUUGAGGAUGAGAAAGAGAGGGCUUAUUUUGCUGUGUUUGAUGGCCAUGGUGGAGUGGAUGCUGCUAUCUAUGCUGCAACGCAUCUUCAUGUCAACUUUGCACAUCAGAAAAUGUUUCUGACACAACCAGAAGAAGCGUUAAGGCAAGCCUUCAAACAGACUGAUGAAAUGUUUCUUCAAAGAGCCAAGAGAAAGAAGUUACGGAGUGGUACCACUGGAGUAGCAGCCUUGAUUGUUGGUGACACGCUGCAUGUGGCCUGGCUUGGAGACUCUCAGGUAAUGAUGAUACAGCAGGGCCUGGUUGUGACUCUUAUGGACCCACACAAACCUGAAAAAGAGAGUGAGAAACAGAGGAUUGAAGAUCUUGGUGGAUGUGUGGUAUUUCUGGGAUGUUGGCGUGUAAAUGGAACUCUUGCAGUUUCAAGAGCAAUUGGAGACAUUGACCAAAAACCAUAUGUUUCGGGUGAUGCAGAUAGUGCCUCAUUCAAGCUAAAUGGCACAGAGGACUACAUUGUUUUAGCCUGUGAUGGCUUCUUUGAUGGAGUUGAACCUUCUAGAGUUGUGGACCUUGUGCAAGAACACUUGCAAGAGAAUGGAGGUGAUGGCAGUACAGUUGCAGAGACGCUUGUGGCAGCUGCUAAAGAAGGUGGCUCUAGUGACAAUAUCACUGUGGUGCUGGUUUUCUUAAAAGAUCCACAGGACAUUCUGAAAGAUAGCAACUUACACAUGGGAAUUGAGAGCACUAAUCAGAACAGUGGGUGCCCUCAAGCCAAAGUCAACUCUGAAAACUCACCACCACAGUUGACCACCUCAACUGCAAAUAAAGACAGCUAGGCAGAGGGUCAGACAGGCUGACUCCUGCUGACUGGAGUUCAGCUUAGUGUUACAUUUAGGGUUUAAUGCUUUAAUGAGUGGUGCCAAAGAAUUGGGAAAGGGGGUUUUGGUCUUGAAAUGCCAACUAGCGAAAAAGUGAUUACAUUGCUUUGGCAAACUUGUAACUGCAUCUGCCAUAACUGUUUACUUCUGUAAGCUUUAAUGAGAAGAGUGGCAACAAUCAGUAAACAAGGGUGCAAGAAACUUAAAUUGGAAAAGAAGAAAAGGGUGCUAUUAUUAAUGUCUUUUAUGAUUAAGCGCUUAUCCUUCAAUCCCAAGUUUAAUGGGUUGACUUCCAAAAUUAUUGCUAUAGUUUUUUUUUUGGCUUUGUCUUGGUGAAGAAUUCCCUAACCCUGGGGCUUAGCUUUGUGGAGUUGGCAAUAGGAAACUACAAGUUGGUUCAAAUUUUGUUGGUGAACAACUUUUACUGACACCAUGGUGACUAGAUUCCCUGUGGUGAAAUUGUAAGCAUGCAUAACGUUUGUUAGCUUUUCCAAACUGUUUUCAGUAUGUUAAGAUUUCAAGCACCCUUGUGUGUACUGAUUUAUUUCCAGCAGAAAAUGCAGGCUGAAUAUUUAGUGCCUUAUUCUGUUUCUUAAGAGCAGUACAGAUUAUGUUAUGAUUUGUACUGUGCUGUCAACAUAGUGCAGGCUAACUAUUUAGUGCCUUAUAUCUCCACGCAACUACAGGACAGUUAAUACAACUUUAUUCCUUUCUCUUGUUGGAGAAGAAAACUAAGUAUCAAGUAACCACAAAAUCCAACUUAAGUCUUCAAUUUGGUAUUGGGUUUGGAUUUGCAUUGCAUUGCUUCUGUUGGAGUUUCGAUGUAUGAAUGUUUUGCAGGUUUUUAAGUAACUGAACAUUUUAUCUGGUGUAGACGCAUUAGGCUUUUAUAAGUACUUUAGUAAAUGGUGAACUAAAUAACAGUAAAUUACAUCUUUGUGUAUUCUAGGAUAUGUAGAAUUCAACUUCCAUCUUUCCUGAAUGUUUCAAAUGUAUUAUUUUUAUGAAAUCAUGACAGCUAAUAUGCAAAUCAGUCAACUUCUUUCUCAAAGUAAGUUUUCUUUUAAAACAUCAAAGUCAUAGUACUAGAAGCUAUUUUGAGGAUCUUUUAUUUUUUAUUAAUUCAUGGGAUGACAGGACCACCAUUUAUGGGCCCAAUUUCCAAUACCUCUCCAGCGCAUUGCUUUGCUAGCAUGUGAGCCUGCUAAUUUGACAACUUGUCAAGAUGUUUUGACCAGCUGAGGCCAAGUAAGUUAUCACGUAAAGCAUGCUUUUCUAGUAAGGAUCCUUUGGUAGAAGUCAGAGAGCAGGAUUGUAUUUCCGUUGAGGACAAUCUACAGUUCUUCCAGUUAAGAUGAACUGAUUCAGCAUAGAUCAGGAAUGACACUACUUGAAAUUUUGCAACUGUAUGAUUUCAUUAGUGUUUUGAUAUGAUAUGAUUUCACGAACUCUGUUUUUGCCCAUCAAUCAAUUAGGGCACCUUUUUGUCAUUUCAUGCAGGGUAUUUUCUGCAUUUUAAAAUCAACUCAAGUUGGCUUUAAUUAAUGGCAAUGUUUUGCAGAAUCCAAAAUAUGUUGUUGCCUUAGAAAAUAUAGCUGUGUGAGAGGAAGCCGAAUCAUCUAUCCUGAAGAAAUGAGAGGCUUCCCUUGUGCCACAGAAGAUGACAACAUAGAAACAAAAAUCUAUGUCCCAAUUAUCGAACUUGUUGACUGCAAAUCCUCUAGUUCCAUCAGGUUAUCUUGCCUGAGUCUGUAUUUGUGAAAUGUUACGGCAUAAUUCAGAAAUUAAGUGUCACUGGUUUUUCUUGACCCUUUUUUCCUUUUAAUUACACAAAUUAUUUUCUGUCUUAACAAGCUUAGAAGGAAACUGCUAGAGUAUAUUAAAGCACUACAGCACAUUACCUUAAAGACUUGAGUGACAAAUGACCAUUUGGCACAUUGAAGCUUGUUUUGUCCAUACUGUGACUCACUCAGCCUAACACUGAACUGCUUUUAGAAUGCCCUUAAUGUCUAUUUCCUUAUUUGGUGCAGCAUUCCAAAUUUUUCAACUUUUCAAUAUUGAAAUGUUUUCAAGCUCUUUUCAAGUCACUUGUCGCUGAUUUAUGCUCUGAUCCUACUGGAUAUUUUCAUCUCAUUCCAUGUUAUCCAUACUUUUUUCAAUGCUUGAUAUCAUGUAGCUAGAGAUUCUCUAAUGUUAAUCCCAUUUUUUUAUACCAUAGGGUUUAAACUUCACUAGAUUUUCCUCAUAAACUAUCUCCUUCAACAAAAAUAUUUCUAUUGUUCUUCUUUGGACCCAGUCUAUAACAUAUGAAAAAAGUUGACUAAAAUGAAUGCUGUACUUAAAAGGAAGUCUGCCUUUGAGUCUGACAGUUAUAAAGUCUUAGUAUUAACUCCAUAGUUCAAUGGUUCAUUUUUGUCAUCAAGUAUGUUAAUAUUUUUCCUCAAUGUUUUUCCACAUUGUCUUUACAUUGAAAAGUAUUUUGUCAGCUCAGUCCCUUUCUAUGUUUCCAUGUGCUGGUUUUUAAAAUUUCAUUUAACUUCUAUCUUUGUUGCUUUGAUAUUUGUUACACAAUUGCUGUGAAUUAUCUUGCCCACCUACUUUGUAAAUAAUUUGUCUUUUGAAUUUGAAUGAGUGGGAAAUGGUUUGUGCAUCUGAAUUAUUUGUACAGAGGCAGGCAAUCCAGCAUCAAUUGAUGCACUCCUGCACUCAAUGUCUGUCUAGCAUGGUUCCAUUUUAUAUACAGAUUCUAGCCCAGAUGUAUUGUAGUUGUGCUUUAGGAUUCCUUUACACUGUUUCAAUGAUAUGACAUUGAGCAGUUAGUAGAAAAUCAAGGGAAAGUGAAAAAGUUGAAAUCAGAUGGUAUGAUCUGCAGCUAAAAGAACACUGUUACAUAGCUCUGGAGUAUUUGAUUCCAUUUCACAGGACAUUGUUAGGUGUUUGAAAACAACAUUGUCUAAAUGUAUGUUAGUUUGAAUGUGGGGAACUGAGGGGAUAUUACUUGGAUUGGAAAAAAACCAUAUCCAUGAUUAACAUGUUACACCCAUUACAGGUCUGGCAAAUUACUGAUGACUCGGUCUCUGGCAGAUGAUAAUCGUACUUGAGAAUUGUCAGUUGUUGACUUUUACACAUUUUUAAUGAUUAUUGAGUGUUCUGAAUUUAUAAGGGAUCCUUAACCUCUAACAAUGUUUUUGCACUGUCAAUUGAAAGUAUUGGGCUGUUGAUAUUCUCAGCCUGUAUAUACUCACCUAUUUUACUUGCAUUUAUAAUUGCAUUUUUGAUAUUUUGAUAUAAAAACAAGACUUUAUAAUCUGAUUUUAUUUAUUCACAUUGCAUGAAAUUAGCUUUUUUUUUAAGCAAGCCUCAAAAUUGGGAGGUGGUGCCUGGUCUGGUUUUGUGCUUGUUGAAGUGUUGUGCAGUUAUUGUAGGAAUCUUGUAAUGGAAUGUCCUUGAGUAACAAUGAACGUUGCUCUCACACAACAGCAAACAGUCUGUCCAUAUGUUAGCAUCAUCCAUAUUAAAGAUUUGAAAAGUUUGAAGUGUAACAGAAGCAAUCCUCUUUCUUAAAUUGUCAUGUGCUUUAGUGGCAAGAUGCAGCUGUUUAAUUUCCAAUUCAGUUCCUGUAUUGUUUUGUUUUUCCUGGAUUUAUUAUAUUUCCCCCAGAGUGCCUUUGGUUGCUGUAAAGUCCUAUCGGGUAUAAAAUCUAAAUAUUUAUUUUGUAAUCUCUAUUUUAAUAUCAGUUGUCUAUGAAAAUACAUUCAAUGUGAAAUAUUGGGAGAAAGAGCUGUCUUGAACAUGGAAUGUAUUUAUCCUGUUCUGCAGGGAUGACACUUUUGGCUAUGGUGUUUUUACAAACUCGAAACACAUGGCUGCUGUAAAGGCAAAGUGACCAUUAUGUUCCUUUGACCAAAGUAAGGUUUGUAGCUGCAUCCGCUAAGGUGCAUGUUGGUGAUUUGUUUUGUGCAAAUGUUCAACAAUAGGAUUAUGGGGUACAGAAAUGAAAGUGGUCAUUGGCUUUAGAUUUGUUCAUUUAAAAUAAAAAAAAACCUGAAACAUAUUUAGUGGAUUUGGCUAGAAAAGUCACUGACCCAAAAUGUAAAUUUUAUUUCUUUCUCCAAAGAUUCGAAGUUUUUCCACAUUUCUCAUUUUCAAUUUGAAUUUCCAGUAUCUGCAUUUUUGAUACUGUUUUAUUGGUUCUUUGGAACCGGCAAGGUGGCAUUUAUUAUCGAGCUCUAAUUACCCUGAAAAGCUUGAACCGUUCCUAUCCUUGUUGCCACUACAGUCUUUAAAGAUAGGAUAUUGAUUUCAGUAGCAGGAGUGCUCAUUAAAUAAACUGUUCUGACCUGCAUUAUGUUGAGCUUCUUGAGUAUUGUUUGUACUACACUUAUGCAGGCAGGUGAAUAUUCAAUUAAGUUUUGCAUGAGCUCUGAAAAUCCACGUUUGUCUCUUGUAUCAACUGACUUAAUACCACAUAGAUUUUCAAUUCCAGAAAAGAUUUUUCAUAUUUGACAAUGUAUCACUAAGAAAGUUUCACAGUUUUAAUAAAACAACUCUCUACAUUAUCAAAAUGUUUCCAUUUAGAGUUUAAAAUGUACACUUGUUAGCACUUAAGUACACACCAGUAUUUGUAUUAAAUUCUGCACAUAUCACAUGUGACGUACCAAAGGAUAUAAUUCAUGCACUACUGCAGCACUGUCUCAAUUGUGAUCUUUUUAAGGGACCCCUAUUCAACAACUUUUAUUGGAUUAAAGGCAUUACACAAAUUCAAGAUGUCUGACAGGAGCAUUGUAAAACAUAGUAUGACACAAAAUCUCAGAUAUUGGGUCAAGUGACCAAAAUUUGGCCUUGAAGUAAAAGGUGUAAAAUGGGUAUUCCAGAGAGCUCACCAGUCAUUAUUGUGCAUUCUAUCUCUGUAACCUUAAAUCAGGAUAGCAAGUGAGUUUGGCUAGAUGAAAUCUUUGCAUGUAGUAAUGACAGCAAUCAAUAAACAAUGCUAUUGCAUUUCUAGUAACAUUUGGGACAGUUACACUGACUACAUACUAACUUGUGGACAUGGGCAGACAAUCCAUAUAUCUGAGCACAUCCAACUUCCUAUUAACUUAAUACAUUUUUAAAUCUAAUGCUUUCCGAUCCAACUGUGUCUAAUUUACACAAGAAAUUUAGCAAUUUCUGAUCGCUGAUUCAAAUUAAUACUCAAGUUUUUUGGGUAUGUCCAAAUUUGCAUUUUUAAAAAAAAUUUCUUUUGAAUGAUAAAGAAUUCAGCACUUAGCAGCUAUCAGCACACCCACAUCUGGGUUGAGUGACAGUACACUGUAAUGUUUUAAAGAAUCAAAAUGCCACUAUCUUGCACUGGUGUUAUGAGGUGGUUUCACUUUUUCUGGGCACUGUAUAUAUAAAUUGUUCAGUUAUUUUAUAUCAUUAGUUAAAUUUUAAAGAUUGGCUAUAAAAUGGAAUUGACUUGAACACCAAUGAGUAAUGGUCUAUGUUCUCAUCCUGUUAAUAUUAUAUUUGGCAGUGACUAAAUACAGUCUAGUUCACAAACUAUAUUGUUUCAUCAUGUGGUAGAAAGAGCUGAGGAGGACUGGAAAAAUGAAGUAAUAUCUUUUGGCUAACUUGUGGUGCCAAAGGUAGAUUGAUAACUCAGGUUUAUUACUGCCAUAUUUUGCUCCUUGUAGCGAAUGUUAACAUUCACCAACUAAGGAGAAGAUGUAGUCCAGUCAUUGGGCUAGUAAUAUAGUAGGCUCUGGGAAUAUUGGUUCAAAUCCCACCAUGAGAGCUGGUAAGAUUUCAAUUCCGUUAACAAAUCUGGAAUUGAAAGCUAGUCUCAGUGAUGACUAUGAAACGAAUCAUAAAAUCUAGUUCACAAAUGCCUUUUAGGGAAAGAAAUCUGCCAUCCUAAGUCUGGCCGACACAUGAUUUCAGAUCCAUAGCAAUGCACUCGAUUCUUCACUGUGCUCUGAAAUGCAUUUAGCAAGCCACUCAGUUCAAGGGCAAUUAAGGGUGACCAACAAAUCCUGUCCUUGUCAAUGACACCCACAUGCCAUAAACUGAGACACAAACUAAUUUGUAGGACAUACUCAGAAAUAACAACCUGUACGUUUAUUUGAACCUUAUGAGGUACUUUGUUUGGAUGGUACUGCAAAUGAUUUGCCCUAUUUAGUUAUCUGUUCCUGCUAAUAUGUCUCUCUUCCCACCACAACUUUAUCACCUGGUUGUGCUGCAGCAAACCUAUUUGAAAACUAUUUUUAUUGCAUUGAACAGUAGCUGUUAUGGCUAAUAUCCCCUUUUUUUUUCUUAGAACAGCAAAUUCAUUGAAAUGCAUGGGCUACUGCAUUUUUAAGGUAGCUCUGCCAAACAUCUCUCCAAAAACUUGGAGAUUGACUUGCAUGUGGCCUUGUGUGGGAAUUUUCAUGUGAGAGUGAGUGCCAGAAUUCUUAAUGAGCUGUUUAUCUUCACACAACAUUGCACAAAACCAACAGGAAGUAAUGUGUUUAUUUCUAUAAAAUAUUUAUUUAUCUGCAAUCCUUUGAAUCCUUUAUCACUGCUGUGACACAAGGAUGACUUACUAAGCUGAAUUUGAAACCUGAAUUGUGUUUGCCUUAUUGUGGAUGGAUAUUAGUUAUCCUGAAAUGUUUGUAUUAUACAAUAUUAUACAAUAUUGUAUUAUCAAUACAGUAUUAUCUCAUAAUAAAGAUAUAUGCAACUUUCUUGUAUUAUGGUCCACUUUAUUUAACUGUAUAUUAGUGAUACAUUCUGUGCAAUAAACUAUUAUUCGAACCUGGGGCUCUGUG